UGCAUCCAUUAUUAACUGCAGAACGGCAGUGGCUUCUUGGGAGCCCUCUUUAGUUUAAUAUGAGAACCCCUGUCAACAGAAAACAGCGCUGAUAUUGUUGUUAAGUGUGACCAACUGGCAAAUGCAAUGGGCACCACGCUGGAACAAUGCAAACUGCUCAUAUCAAUGGAAGAGGCAAUGUUUAAAAGCGAGGUGAAGGCGGACAGCGAGAGGCUGCUGAGGAAGGUUCGGUUCCGCGUGGCGUCCUCGCACAGCGGGCGGGUGCUGAAGGAGGUGUACGCCGACGGGGAGGCUGCCGACUCGCUGGACUCCGAGUAUGCCAGCAGCUCAGAGACUGACCAAACCAGCCGGCUGAGCGAGGUGGACGGGCAGCAGAACGGACACGUAGGGUCGGAGUGUGAUGAAAACGACAAUGAGCAGGAUGACUUGCUCAUCUUAGUCAGAGCCACUAAAGAGAAGGGGUUUGGUACAAAGCGAGUCAACAUCCUCAGCAAAAAUGGCACAGUCAGGGGAGUCAAGCAUAAAGUCAGUGCUGGUCAAGCCCUUUUUGACAAUUUGGCAAAAGUAUUUCAGGUAGGUGAUGCAGAUAUUGAGUUUGGCCGCAUAGUAAUUUAUACCACCAGUCUUCGUGUGGUGAGAACCACUUUUGAAAGAUGCGAACUGGUUAGAAAGAUAUUUCAAAAUCACAGAGUUAAGUUUGAAGAAAAAAACAUUGCUCUGAACAGUGAUUAUGGAAAAGAGCUAGAUGAAAGAUGCAGAAGUGUCUGUGAAGUUCCCUCACUCCCUGUUGUGUUUAUUGAUGGCCAUUAUCUCGGGGGUGCUGAGAAAAUUUUACUAAUGAAUGAAUCUGGGGAACUGCAGGAUCUCUUAACCAAAAUUGAGAGAGUCCAGCUUCCUCAAGAGUGCCUCUCUUGUGGAGGCUUUGGUUUCCUGCCGUGCUCAGCGUGCCAUGGGAGCAAGAUGUCCGUGUUCCGGAACUGCUUUACGGACUCGUUCAAAGCCCUCAAGUGUACUGCUUGCAAUGAGAAUGGGCUCCAGCGCUGCAGGAGCUGUGCAGGCUAAAAAUGGCAUCUCCAUGUGUUCAA